UUAAAAAGAAAGAAGACGUCUCGCCGGUCGAUAGACCUAUUGAACAUCCUCCCCCGCCGAGAACGAUGCAGUCACCGUUAGAAGAACCGUCAGCGCUGUAUAUGGCUACUCGCGGCGGUGCUUCCUCCCAACAGCAGGACCUCUCCCCGACCCAGCCGGUGCCCAAGAACGUCGCCUUUGAGCUCCUGCUCGAUGAAAACUCCAAGGUCCGGGCCCGGAUCCCGAUGCGGGUGCAGAUCUACCCGCACGAUACCACGGAUUCCAUCGUGACGACGGUCAAGAACUUCUACGGUAUCUACGAAGGCGCCGCCAGCGGCGUGAGCUUCGAGGAUGAAAAUGGUAUCACCCUCAUCGCGCGGUACGAGAACCUGCGGAAUAACAUGACGGUCUAUGUGCGGGUCAUCCCCGUUCAGGCCUAUGCUACUGACGGCUUCCCCGACCACUACUAUGGCUCGCUGCCCUACGAGGCCCGCAAGCGUCCCAGUCUCGGCGAGCCGUUCCAGAUGGGUUCUGUCGGCCAGCCCGAGCAAGGCCGCCCGCCCUCUCGACCAACAUCGAGGAUCGCUCGCAAGCGGAGCACCUCGCCGUCAGCACGCAGCCGCCGCAGUGCCUCACAACACAAGCAGCCGACCCGCGGCGGCAUCAAGAGCCGGGGGUCGAGUGCUCAUGGCAGCUUUCACGACGAAACGGACCUGGGCUACAGUGAUAGCGAAGGCGGCUACGGCUCCCUUUCGGGCGCGAAGAAAUCUCGUAGCGAGCAUUUCGCCAGCUCGGACAUCAGCAUGGAUAAUAUCCUCCAAGACGGUCGUCGCAAGCGGCCCAAGUUUGAAAGCUCGGAAUUACCCCUGUUCGUACCUCCCCAAGUCCCUCUCACAACCUCUACAUCGUCUAUCUCGCCGCAGCGUCGAUCCGUCGGCCAGGAAGGAGCUGGGUCGCCGUUUGCGCGCCCGACACACCGCCAAUAUACUUAUCAGCAACCGCUGCCUUCGCCACAAAGCUUUGGCUACAAUGAGCAGGCGUAUGGGUCACACUCGGCCCGGAGUUCCAUCUACGCCACCCCUGUGGUGCCCGAGCAUGGUCAUCGCUUGCGUGAUCGCACCGGGCCCCAGGCUUCCGGGCAGUAUGGCUAUUCCGCAAGUCGCGCCGGUGCGCCAGGUGUGCUGCCGACCCCUGACCCAACUAUUGCCAGCUGUAUCUCGGAUGAGGAUGUUGCAAUGCAGUUGAUCCGCCUGGGAGACGCCUCCAAUUUCUCCCAUGGCCGCACGUCAGCCUCUACAUUGGACGACGCCUUUAGCGGUGCUGCCGACGCCGCUUCCUCCACCGGUGCCACCAGUGACGGUGACGAGUUCAGCGAAGAGGAGGAUGACAAUGACCUCCCUGCUGGGUCACGACACAGACUUGAAUCCAGCCCAAUGCUGCCGCCGGGAACCAUCAAGCGUCACCACAAGCGACUCGAUGAGAUUCUCCCCAGCUUCGACAGCACCGACGUCAGUUGCGAUGAUGUGGAGGAGGACUACCGCCAUAAUGACGAGCUCAAAGAUCACCAUCACCAAACCGAAUUCGACGCGGACGCCCUGUACGCUGACUCCGCCCCCAAAGCCAAGAAAAUCAAGGCCAAGCCCACCUCCGGCGCCGGCGCCGCUGCGACCAAGGCUCGUGGUCCAAACGCAGCUCCCACUCGAACCAACAACAAGCCUGGAAAGGGCUUGUCCGCACCCACUGCUCGCAAGAUGAAGGCCGCCACCCAGGCGCCUGGAGCCCAGAAAGCAGCGGCGAUAUCUCCCAUCACUACAGGUGUCCCUACUGCUACUCCUGCUGCUGCUACUACUACUACUACUGCUACUACUGCUACUGGUGGUACCGCUCGGAAGGCAUCUGGCUCCUCAGUCAACUUCCAUCACCAGCUCGCCGCGGACGAAGAGGAUCUGUCGACCAAACCACGCUGCCAGCGAUGCCGCAAGAGCAAGAAGGGCUGCGACCGCCAACGACCCUGCGGUCGGUGUCGAGAUGCAGGGAUCGGCCUCGAGGGCUGUAUCAGUGAGGACGAGGGUAACGGCCGCAAGGGCCGGUAUGGCCGUCAUAUGGGCGUGCCCGUUAAGAAGACCUCGGAGCCUUCCGCCGUCCACGAGGACGUAUCUCCCGUGGUCAAUGCUAUUGCUGAGGCACCGGCCGUCUCUUCUGCGACAGCAAUGGACAAGAACAAGAAGCGCAAGCGCUAGCUUUCCCCCCCCCCUUUUUUUUCUCUUAUCGGUCAAACAAACAGGAGGCACCGGUCUUGCUUCCAAUAUGUCUACGAAACCCUCUUCGCUAUAGACACUGUCUCAUGUCCCCCCCCCCUCUUCUCUUUCCCUUCCU